AUGGGGUUGACUUUCACGAAGCUGUUCAGCCGGCUUUUUGCGAAGAAAGAGAUGCGCAUUCUGAUGGUAGGUCUUGAUGCUGCUGGUAAGACUACAAUUCUCUACAAGCUCAAGCUUGGAGAAAUUGUCACCACAAUCCCUACUAUUGGAUUUAAUGUUGAGACUGUGGAAUAUAAGAACAUCAGCUUCACUGUUUGGGAUGUUGGUGGUCAGGACAAGAUUCGUCCCUUGUGGAGGCACUACUUUCAAAACACACAGGGUCUUAUAUUUGUGGUGGAUAGCAAUGACAGAGAUCGAGUUGUCGAGGCAAGGGAUGAGUUGCAUAGGAUGUUGAAUGAGGAUGAGCUGAGAGAUGCAGUUUUGCUUGUCUUUGCUAACAAACAAGAUCUGCCUAAUGCAAUGAAUGCUGCGGAAAUAACAGACAAGCUUGGUCUGCAUUCUCUACGUCAACGCCAUUGGUACAUUCAGAGCACAUGUGCAACUUCUGGGGAGGGCCUUUAUGAAGGGCUUGAUUGGCUUUCCAACAACAUUGCUAGCAAGGCAUGAGGUGGCCAAGGUUGGUGAUUAUUGGUGGACCUUCCAUUAGAUGACUGACUGGAUAUUGUCUAGUUCUUCCAUGAGGUCUUGUGAUCGUAGAGAUGAUACUCUUUCUUGAAUUUUUGAGUGCUGUAGCAAAGAUGUUCUGCCCUAAAAACUAUUUUGUAGCUGUUGUUUGAAUUACUAUCACUACUACUGUAUCAAUUACUACUAUUAGAAUUGAAUGGAACUAUCAUGCUCUUGACAUUUCAUCUCUGUUUAAUGAAUUACACUGGUAUUCUGUGUAAAUCGGUAAAGAAUGCAAUCUGA